UUGCAGAUGGCGUUCAUACUUUAUUAUAUGGCAAUCGUUGGCCAUGCUUUGUCUAUAACAUCGCUGUUGAUUUCCUUGGCAAUUUUCUUCUAUUUCAAGAGCCUCAGCUGUCAAAGGAUAACACUGCAUAAGAAUUUGUUUUCUUCUUAUGUGCUGAACUCCGUAUUUACGAUUGCCCACCUCAUUGCUGUUGUACCUAACCCAGGCCUUGUAAAAAGGGAUCCUGUAAGCUGCAAAGUCCUGCAAUUCUUUCAUCAGUACAUGUUGGGCUGCAACUACUUCUGGAUGCUCUGCGAAGGCAUUUAUCUUCACACGCUGAUUGUGGUUGCAGUGUUUGCUGAGGAGCAGCGUUUGCACUGGUAUUACCUCCUGGGCUGGGGGUUCCCUUUAUUGCCAGCAUCUAUUCAUGCUGUUGCAAGAGCCAGAUACUUCAAUGACAACUGCUGGAUGAGUGUUGACACGCACUUACUCUAUAUUGUUCAUGGACCUGUAAUGGCAGCUUUAUUGGUCAAUUUUUUCUUUUUGCUUAACAUUGUCCGAGUUUUGGUGACAAAGCUGAGAGAUACCCACCGUGCUGAGUCUAACAUGUAUAUGAAAGCUGUCAGAGCUACUUUAAUCCUGGUGCCCUUGCUAGGAAUUCAGUUUGUUAUUAUUCCCUGGAGACCAGAAAACCGGCUCGCUGGAGAAAUAUAUGAUUACAUCAUGCAUAUAUUAAUGCAUUACCAGGGCUUACUUGUGGCAACUAUAUUCUGCUUCUUCAAUGGUGAGGUACAAGGAGCUUUGAAGAGGCAGUGGGCACAGUACAAAACCCAGUGGGGCCAAAGGCGCCGAGAACACUGUUCCACGCGAUCUACCUCCUACACUGCAACAUCAAUCACAGAGGUCCCUGUCUACCUGUACCAUCAUGAUUCCAACAAUGAACAGUUAAAUGGAAGAUACAUAGAGGACUCUGAACUUGUGGCAUUAAAAUCUGGGGAGACGUCUGCCUAG